CUUGUGUACAAACGACACACAGAAACAUCCCUGACUUGACUGGAGCUCCUUAUUGGCCAGGAGUCCCUCAGCUGAGUGCGUAACGUUGCGCACUGGAGACGCACGGACCUGCCGGAGAAUUUGCCGAGAAUAACUCAUCUUGUGGAUACUCAAGUGUUUGGAUUUAAUAAAGAUUUAUCUCAGCCUGGGUACACCUUACAUGCCAAAGCUGGGGGAACAGAUUGGAACGCCGGAGACUUUUACGCGAAGCUUUAAAGUUUUCGCCACAAUAAUUGGUUAUCGGAUGGACCAACAUCCCAGCGCCCGGAGCUGCACCAGUCGCGGGGCUUCUUCCUGCGAGGCCGUCCCGACUGAGCCCUCCAUGAAUCUGUUCAUCCAGUCCACCACCGGCACACGCUUCGAGCUCUCCCUGCCCCUGGAGGAGACCGUGGAGGGACUGAAGAGGAGACUGUCGCAAAGACUCAAAGUACCAAAAGAGAGGCUCGCCCUUCUACACAAAGAAACGCGACUAAGUUCGGGUAAACUCCAGGAUCUAGGGAUCUCAGAUGGGAGCAAGUUAACGCUUGUACCAACAGUUGAAGCUGGCUUAAUGUCUCAAGCAUCAAGACCCGAGCAGUCAGUGAUGCAAGCCUUGGAGAGUCUAACAGAAACUCAGGUCAGUGACUUCCUGUCCGGCCGCUCCCCGCUCACCUUGGCGCUGCGCGUGGGCGAUCACAUGAUGUUCGUCCAGCUCCAGUUGGCGGCGCAGCAGUCCGGCGGGCCCCAGCUCCAGCACAGACACCUCAUUGCCCGGGGCAAUGCAGCAGAGACCGCCAUGGGACAGCCCGCGGGGCAGCCCCACGGCCCCCACCCUCACCCCCACUCCCACCACCACAACCCCCCACACCCGCACAGUCACCCCAGCUCCCACAUGCCCCAGCCUCACCCGGUGCCCUCCGCCCCCUCCCCCCCGGGCUCCCCCUCCUUCCCGCUGUCCUCCGCGCACCAGCCGCUCCCGCCCAUGUACCACCAGUCGCCCUCCCCCAGCCACUGUAGCCCCCCGACUCCCCCGCCCCACUCCCCUCGCCCGGCCCACUUGCCUGGAGGCCUGUUCCGCUCUCCGCCCCAUCACCACCAUCACCACCAUCACCACCACCACCACCAGCCUUCCUCAGGCCAACCCAGCCCCCACGGCGGCCAGGCCAGCCCUGUAGCCCCAGUCCUCUGCCCUGAGGCCAACUGCAGCACCAAGAGCCCCAGCGGUGGCAGCAGUCCCUCGCCACGCUCCCGUAAGCCCGGUGCCAUCAUUGAGAGCUUUGUUAACCAUGCUCCCGGAGUCUUCUCAGGGACCUUUUCAGGCACUUUGCACCCGAACUGCCAGGACAGCAGUGGGCGUCCCAGACGAGACAUUGGCACCAUCCUGCAGAUCCUCAACGACCUCCUGAGUGCCACACGCCACUACCAGGGUGUGCCCCCCUCCCUCACUCAACUCCGUUACCAGACCCAGUGUGGCUCACCCGCCUCCCCGUCCCCCUCGCCCCCCCCUUCACCCCCGGCCGCUGGCAUGACGGGCCUCUCUGCCAAAGCUACCUCGGUGCCCGCCGGCAACCCUAGCAGCCCUCCACCGACUCUUCAUCCACUGGUGCAGUGCCAGAGCCAGAUCCGCAUGUGCAAACCCCCUGGCGACCGUCUGCGUCAAACCGAGAACCGCGCGACUCGCUGCAAGGUGGAGCGCCUGCAGCUGUUGAUGCAGCAGAAGCGGCUGCGCAGGAAGGCCAGGCGGGACCAGCGCGCUCCCUACCAGUGGCUGCCCAACCGCAAGGCCGGACGUAGUAACAGUAACAGCAGCAUGUCCAGCGAGGGCUCCCUGGACCUGGACUUUGACGACUCAGUGUGGAAACCCGACGUCAAGGCUGACAUGAAGUCCGAGUUCGUCAUGGCCUGAGCCCCUCUGGUGCGCGGGGGCCAGAUCCACCGAGAGGUGCAAACCUUUGAUGGGGAUUGACAUAGAGAUAUUUUCUGAGGGGACGGAUUGGCAGGAUUUGAGACAGUAGCGUGCAAACAUGUCUUGUGCAAAGAGGAAAUCAAAGCGAUCGUAACGGCUCCUUGUGACUCGCGUCUGUCACAUGAAAAAGGCUCCCCCCUGCAGACUUUCAUGCCAUUCUGUCCUUCACGGUCGAAGUUCUGAAAAACAGCAACAGUAACAACUGAACCCUUUUGUGAUGCUUAGAUUUGGAAAGGAAGCAACGGGACUUAACAGUGUACAAGACUUACAAUAUGCUUACAGAGACUGCAAAUGAUGUACUGCCCUAUACGAGGCCGAACCAUACCUGAACUUGAGCAUAGCAGAAUUCAGUGGGUGGUGGUGGUAUUUUAUUAUGUUUUUUUUUUUUUUCUUCUUCUUUCUAAGGCGCACUCUGGACAGCUAUGAAGAGAUCCACACUGGACAAAUGAACAGCAUAGGAGCACUACAGGCCUCUGCAGGCUCUAAGUGUCUCCUGAUCACAUGAAUGGCAGACACUCAUCAAGCUGCCGAACUAUGGACUAAUUCCAACGGGCAUUCUUAUAUUCUUAUUGAUCUCAAAACUCACCAACCAGAGUCCAGUUUUACCUGUUACGGGGUGGUUAAACUUUUUUUUUUUUUUUUUUUUUUCAUUUUGAAACGUAUUACUAUGUUUUUUUCUAAACAAAAAAAAUAUGUAGCAUUGUUCACAAAGCAUUCAGGUUUUCAUAUAACAGUUCAAGUAGUUGUUGAUUUGCACAUUUUCAUGAUUUAUAACAGCUGGUCAAAGUGUGCAAGAAAGAGGUGGGGCCUGAACUAGAAAAAAAAAAUGAAUAUGGAAGUAUUGAUAUCAACCUCAGUGACAUAGGGUAUCGAUAGGAAUGAUUAAUGAAUAAACAAAAUUAAUAUUAACAGAAAGUGCUUUAGAGGAUUUUAAAAUCUUUAAAAUGUAUAUGGAAAAAAAAAUCUAUUUUUAUUUCUCUCCCUAUCUGCUGUUUUCAAAAAACAGCAGCCCUCUGUGGCUUUAGUCAAGUCAUUGACUACCAACAAGUACGUAUAUCCAUUCAAUCAUUCAUUAGCUCAUGCAUAUAUUAUAGUCAUUUAGCCACAACAAAGGAUAAGGGAUAAUUUUCAUCCAGCCCACCUCAUGUCUUACAGACCUGAAUGGACUUGUUGAGGGUUUUUACUGGAGUUUGUGUACAUUAAUGUGAUGACUGGCAAAGUUUUAUGAGGGUGUGUGUAUGUGUGUAAAUUGAUUUAGAAUAUCCAAUGUCUCCUACAAAGUUGUUUUUUUUUCCCCCUAAAUUCCCAUCGUUACUGAAAUCAUGGAGAUCAGUGCAGUGACUGCAUGAGUCGCCAGUUUAUACUGUAAGAGAAUGAAUCAUCAGACAAGUCAAGAUGAUUCCAUGUUUUAGGCCCAUUUGAUGAAUACCUUCACAAGUCCUGAUAAUGUUGACCGUAAUUUCAUUAUUGGCAAAAAGUGAGAAGUGGGAUCUGUAUCCAGCGUCAUUAUCUAGUGCCUCCACCAGUACAUCCACUGACAUAUCAGGUUAGGCCUUUCACAGUUUUGCUGCUACACAUGGGGACUUUAAAAAAAAAAAAUAAUUGGGAGGGGAAAAAGUGACUUUUCUUUGCAUGCAAAAGUGUGAAUUAUACUGAUCUUUUUUUCUAUUGAUGGAAGAAAAAAAAAAGAGAAACCGGUGCUGUGGGGACGGAGGUUAACAACAUGCAUGAAUUUGUGAAGAAAAUAAAAAAAAAAAACAACGCUGCUUUUGUUGGUUAGGUUUUGUAAUCUUUAUUUUUCAUUGUUAGAACAACAGUGUCCUGCUAAAGUAUUAAUGACGCAAAACCAAAACAGAUGAAGUAAGUGUGGACUCGUAUCUUCUUGCUCAGCACUGAACAUUCCUGCUCCGUGACAGUGAAGAUGUUGUUGACGAUGAUGAUGAUGAUGAUGAUGAUGAGCAAAGAGCAACUGACUCUACUCCCAAAACGCUGGUUUUACCCCCAUGAUUCUCAAGGACCCAAACAGCCUCUGAACUGUAAAGCCACCUCCCCUCCUCCCCGCCUGAACACCAACCAAGGCUCAUGUGGACGUAUAAGCAGGGAACCAAUGGACCAGCGGAUAUACAGUACUUUCCAUAAUAACCCGACCCUGUUCUAGAGACACAUCUAGUCUGACUGUCUGUCUGUUUAUCUGUCUGUCUGUCUGAUUGAUUGACCACCCUACCACAAUUGCACUCCCAGAGAUUGCAGUGAGAGAUUACCUUUUUGGUGAACCUCAUCUUUUUUUUAAGUGGCCUUACCUUUCACUAAAAAUGAGACACUUGGGGACAAUGGGGGGGCGGGAAUGUUUUUUGGUUUUUAAUCUUUCUGUGUAUUAUUGUCAGACUUGUUGUCAUCAAGGCACCAUUUUUUGUCACUGAGGACACUGGGCAUCUCUUGUUUAGUGCUUUUAGCUGGUGGAGUCUCUAUUAUGUCAAGGCUUCUGUGCCUUAAAAAUGUUGCCCUCGCAGUGUCAGUGUCAGAUUUUUAAGCUGAACCAACUCCUUUCCUUUGAUUACUAUAACAAGACUGUGGUAGUUGCAGCCAUGAGAGUCGUAGAUUUUAGGGGUAAGGCUUGUUUGAGUGAAUCGAUUGCUUUUCAAAAGUCGAUGUUGUUCCUCAAAUACUGUCUUUUCUCCCGUUUCUUCAUCGUGUCGCCAUGCUUGUCGGUCUCCAUCGUCUGAACUUCGUAUCCCUCUGACUCUGUCCUGCCACCAACAAGCUGCAAAGUAACUUUUGUUAGCCGAGGAAGUUCUGACCACAGUACUUAACAUGGCGCCAAACAGCCCCGAUUCAGAAUAGGAAAGUCCUCAGAGGACUCCAGACUACAUGCACUUCCUGUUUCCUUGGACACAACACAGUAAAGGACAAUUUACCCCCUGCCCCUCCCAAAUUUAAUUUAAUUUUUUUUUUUUUUUUUGUAUAUGUAUGAACUAUACUCUGUGUGUGCCUCACUUCUGUGUGAAACUCAAAAAGAUGAAACAAAACAAAAAAGAUGACAAGGGAUGAUGGGAUUGAAACACGUGGGCUGGGGGCAUUACAGAGGGUAAAAAACAGUAUGUUGGUGGAAUUCUGAUCACAUCAUUUAAGUUGCCUGUUCUUUCUUGUAGCCAACCAUUGAAAAUAAUAACAGGAUUCAAGAAUACAAUUUACAAUGUUCUAGCUCUAGACCGGUGUAGCACAUGUGUGACUGUAUUAAUUUAUGAAACCAAAAUGGUAACUGUGAAUUAUGUAUUUCUUUGUGCAUUUUCUAAAGUGGGGGAGAAGGUCGUCGGGACAUAGCAGCAGCUGAUGCUGCAUGUCCGAAACUUUUGUUUUUGGUGGAAUAUAAUGGAAAUGAUCAGUUUCCGGAAAAAAAGAAGAAAAAAAAACUAAAAAAUAUAUGAAUAUAUUUUUUUUCUUAAGCAAUACAUUUCAGUGUGACUUGUGAUAGAACAUUUUUCUUUUUUUUAGGUAAUAAAUAAAUGAAAAAAACAAAAUGAG